GUUACAGAAGACAGAUCAGACCUUGAAGAUUUACACCUUUAUGCAACUCCUCGAGAGCAACGGUUUCGUAGGUUUGCCAGUUUAGAAUUUGAAGGACAGCUAUAUAUGACUCCAUAUGACUUCAUUCAGGCUGUCACAAAUGAUGAACCCAAACGUGCUAAAAAGUGGCGAUCCCUUUCAAAGCAGGAACUGAAUCAGAUCCUUAUGGAGACACCACCAGUUUGGAAAGGAUCAUCCAAACUUUUCCGUAAUCUUAAUGAGAAAGGUGUGAUAUCUUACACAGAAUAUUUAUUCCUGUUAUGUAUUUUAACAAAGCCACAUGCAGGUUUUAGAAUCGCUUUCAACAUGUUUGAUACUGAUGGCAAUGAGAUGGUGGACAAAAAGGAAUUCUUAGUGCUACAGGAGAUUUUCAGGAAAAAAAAUGAGAAGAGAGAAAGAAAAGGAGAUGAAGAAAAACGUGCAAUGCUGGUUCUUAAAACAGAAGGAGAGGACCUUGUCUCCAGAAGCUAUUGGGAUACUUUGAGACGUAGCACAAGCCAAGCACUCUUUUCGGACCUUGCGGAGGUAUAAGACAACCUCUGUCUCUGGUCCAUAAACAGACUGCUAUUUUAUUUAUUUCUGUUCUGAUCAUUUUCCCAUUUUAUGCACUUUGUUUCUUCUCUUCCUUUUAAUUAAUUUUUUUUUUUUUAAAACCUGAAAGUUCUCAGAUG